AUGGUUACACGUGCUAAAUCAGGCAUACACAAGCCUCGUUUGUUUUACAAUGUGGCUGCAGGUACCCCUAUUGAACCCUCUACCUACCGAGAGGCUAGCAAAUAUGAUGAGUGGAACCAUUCGAUGCACACAGAGUUUACUGCUCUUCAAUCUCAGGGUACUUGGUCUCUUGUUCCAUUUCCAGCAAAUUGCAAAGUUAUUGGUUCUAAAUGGGUUUAUCGCAUUAAACUCAAAGCUGAUGGUUCAGUUAACCGUUACAAGGCGCGUUUGGUAGCCAAAGGGUCCCACCAAACUCUUGGCUUGGAUUUUCAUGAAACAUGCAGCUUGGUUAUCAAGCCCACUACCAUUUAG